AUGUCUAUGCUACCCACCUUCGGCUUCACGCAGGAGCAAGUGGCGUGCGUGUGCGAGGUGCUGCAACAGGGCGGCAACAUCGAGCGACUGGGCCGCUUCCUGUGGUCUCUGCCCGCCUGCGAGCACCUCCACAAGAAUGAAAGCGUGCUCAAGGCCAAGGCGGUGGUGGCCUUCCACCGCGGCAACUUCCGCGAGCUCUACAAGAUCCUGGAGAGCCAUCAGUUCUCGCCGCACAACCACGCCAAGCUGCAGCAGCUGUGGCUCAAGGCGCACUAUAUCGAGGCGGAGAAGCUGCGCGGCCGGCCCCUGGGCGCUGUGGGCAAGUACCGAGUGCGCCGCAAGUUUCCCCUGCCGCGCUCCAUCUGGGACGGCGAGGAGACCAGCUACUGCUUCAAGGAAAAGAGUCGAAGCGUGCUGCGCGAGUGGUACGCUCACAACCCCUACCCCUCACCCCGCGAGAAGCGCGAGCUGGCGGAAGCCACGGGCCUCACCACCACGCAGGUCAGCAACUGGUUCAAGAACCGGCGGCAGCGCGACCGGGCGGCCGAGGCCAAGGAAAGGGAGAACAGCGAGAACUCCAACUCCAACAGCCACAAUCCGCUGGCUGCGUCGCUGAACGGCAGUGGCAAGUCUGUGCUAGGCAGCUCGGAGGACGAGAAGACGCCGUCGGGGACGCCAGACCACUCGUCGUCCAGCCCCGCGCUGCUGCUCAGCCCGCCGCCGCCACCCGGGCUGCCGUCCCUGCACAGCCUGGGCCACCCUCCGGGCCCCAGCGCCGUGCCCGUGCCUGUGCCGGGGGGAGGCGGCUCGGACCCACUGCAGCAUCACCACGGCCUGCAGGACUCCAUCCUCAACCCCAUGUCGGCCAACCUCGUGGACCUGGGCUCCUAG